GCUAUCCCACUCUCUUCUUGAAAGUAUCGUGCACGCGCUCAGUAGGCUGCUAUUAAAUGGGCGGACUUGUAGGCGCGGUCACGUCCCCAGCGGCUGCGGUGUGCCUGUCUGUCAUAUAUAAGCGCGCGUACCACCGGCCGACAGGCGGAACUCUGCCUCACUCCGAGAGUGGACCGGACCGACACCGGGGAUCAUCGGAACACCGCUCCUGACACAGUAAUGCAUUUUGCGAGAAUGUAUUAAUCUGUUGCAUGCCGGGCAUUAUGCUGUUGCUUCUUGUUAUUUUAUUAGAAAUAAACGUAAGCAGACUUACCCCAUUAUUAGUGUUGGAGAAUAAUUAAUUAAUUGUGCUGUCGAUUGAAAUAUAACCCGUUUUCCUCAGUUUUUGAAGAAUUUUACUUUUAAAAUACAUUUGCAUCCAUUAUAUAGCCCACUUAAAAGAGAGAGCCUCGUAAAUAUGUCGUUAAACUAUAGACCUAGUUGAAAUAGGCAUAUUAUUCUCUCGUGGACAUUAUUGCAGGCUAUACACAACUUAAUUAGACAUUAAGCACAGGAGUACUUUAUAUAUUAUUCACUACUCAUCAUACAGUCUAUGGUCAUUGGGACCAAUUAUAUUGUUGCACCCCACCAUGUAGGCCUACCAGCAUUCACUGUUUCCCCUCCAUACAGACACAACGGAAUCAGGAAUCACGAGUUCAGCCGAAAUCCCGGACUUACUUUACAAACAGUCGAAGGCGAGGGGGACCCCCCUGGAUCCAGGUCCAGGCGCUUAGAGAUCACCAUGGCUUCCAACUCGGCGAACAUCUCCUCCGACAAGCGGUUCCUCAUCUUCUUUGACUUUGAUGAGACCAUCGUGGAUGAAACCAGCGAUGACAUGGUGGUGCAGGCCGCCCCGGGGCAGCACCUGCCGGACUGGCUGAAGGACACCUACCAACCCGGCCGAUACAACGAGUACAUGCAGCGCGUGCUGGCCUACCUGGCGGAGCAGGGCGUCACCGAGAGCGACAUCCGCAGCAUCAUGGAGAAGAUCCCAGCCUCCCCCGGCAUGCUUACCCUGCUCCAGUUCCUCCGCACCCGGCCCCCGCAGGACUUUGAGGUGGUGCUGUUGUCUGACGCCAACAGCUUCUUCAUAGAGUCCUGGCUCCGUCGCGCAGGGGCCCGCCAAAUCUUUCACCGGGUCUUCAGCAACCCGGCCACCUUCAACAAGGACGGCCGGCUGGUGAUGCGGCCCUUCCACUCGCACGACUGCGCGCGGUGCCCUAACAACAUGUGCAAGCAAGUGGUGGUCAGGGACUAUGUGGCCCGCAGGACGCAGGAGCGGGGCCGCCCGUACCAGAGGAUCUUCUACGUGGGUGACGGAGCCAACGACUUCUGCCCGGCGCUCGCCCUCGGGCCCCGAGACGUGGUCUUCCCGCGGAGGGAUUUCCCCAUGCACCGGCUGAUAACGGAGACCCAUGAGGCCAUGCCCGGGGAUUUCAAGGCGGUCACGGUUCCGUGGGCCAGCGGGGAGGAGGUGGUGCAGCGGCUGCGGAGACUGGUGGCAGAGUAGAGACAGGGAGGGGGGACCAUUUAGGGGCCAACUGAUAUUUAGUAAUGUUCUCAGGUAAAAUAGUCACACAACUUAUUGUUCAAGGCAAUACAAAAUAUGUGUAUUGCUGUCAGUAAUAAUAAUAGGCCUACAUCAUGUCUAGCUUCCAGUCUACGCACGUGCCUCAGUCCAGCCUCACGUUUUGGGUCAGGAGCAGGCGUGCACACAUAGACAUCAAAGUGGGCUUGAGCCCCUGCCCUUUUUCUUCCUCCAGAGAAAGUGCCGUUGAAUAUAUAUCUACUGCUGUUUGCACACAGUUUCCCCUUCCAAAAAGACAUUGAUUGAAUACAAAAACAUCAGGUCGGGAGAUUAGACUGUGAAGUUCCGAUGCUCUCUCUACCCUCCAUUCCCGUCUCCCGCUCAUCGGCAGUCACUUCUAACAGACAGGUGUAAGCACCUCCCACUUUGCAGUCCCAUGUUAUGCCGGCUUUUCUUGGUUUAUUUUUAAGGUGAAAUUACUAAACUGCCAGUGCCUCGAGUUUACAGCUAAUUAGCUAAAAGACAAUAACAAUUAUAGUUAACUAAGGCUACUAGCUAAUGGUUAAGUUAGCUCAAGGUUUAGCUAAGGUAAUUUAUCAUGGGCAUGCAGGCUAAUGUACUGUAGGGCUACUUAAGGGGAGACACUUAAAGUGAAUACAGUCAAAUGUGUAUCUAAUAACGUCAUCACAAUCGCCACAAUGAUAUGCAAAUUAGGCGUUAACUAUAGGCCUAAUUAAAAUGCGCCAAUUUGCAUACAGUUACCAAGGCUUUGCAGGUGAAAAGGAUACAACUAAAAAACACAUCACCUCACAACUUCCCCAGAUAGUUACUUACGUCAAGUCAGUAUUUUCCCCUGCAAUGUUAUGUUUAAAUGUAGAUUAGCUUUAAAUCUAUAGAUGAAUUCUGACAUGGUAGUAAAACGAACACCAUUUAUAUGUGUUUCUUGGAAGUUUUAUUUCCAUUAGUGAAAGAAAACAUGGAAGCAAAAUAGACCAAAAUACAUGAAAAAACAAUAUUUUUGCCUGUAAUGUCCUUAAACAGUAACUUCAUAAUGUUGAUUGUUGGCUGCUCAUUUAAUAACUAUUAAUUUGACUAGUUUGUUGUCUGCUCUUGUGCUUAGUGAAUACUAAAAAAGACCAUUGUCUCUGUGUUAGCUGAUUAUUUUGUAGAAUUCUGUUGAGUAUUAAACAAUUGCGUGCGUGUGAGGGUAUUAAAAUAAAUUGGUCGGUAAGUCAGAGAUGUGCAACUAUAUUUAACUUUUUUUUAAACUUUUUUUUUUUUAUAAAUGAUUAUGGGAAGUGCCCUUUUUGUCACUUGAGCACCCGCCCCCCAAAAUGUCUGUGCACGUCCCUGGUCAGGAGGUCACUCCGAACAGAGGCCAGGGUUAUCAACAGCAGGUAAAUGAUUAGAGACAUGAUACUGUAACCAAAGAGAGAAAAUCAAUGUAAAAUCAAAUGCUUUGUUGUAUUUAAAAAAAAUAAUAACAUCAAAUAAGGGUAGCCUAUUACUUUAAAAAAGUCGGGGUAUUUGCAUUAGAAAUAGGCUACUUUAAUUGAAUGGGACAUGGUACUUUUAACUAGUGUGCUACCUUUUCAAAAGCAAUAUUAAAAUGUUAAAAGGUUAUUUUAAGUGACGGGUUGCUUUUUAUAUCUAUUGUAUUUUCUAAUCUGCAUUUCUUUGAAUAUGAAAUUAUGUCUCAAUAUAUAACAUUUGAGUAACGUGCCAUCUGAUGGGCAUUAUGAGAUCUACAUGAUGACCAAACAAUAUUUUCUGUCAACAUGAUUCUUAGAGUUGUCUAAUAUAGAAAUGUAUGUCGUUGUUAGUUUGUCUUACUUGUUUAUGUCUGUUGUGUGUUAACUGUGUAGGUCAGGCCUACUGAGAAAUAAAUUACACCAGCAGGAAUAAAGCCAUCAACUGAAA